GUUCAUUGUUUCUUUCAGGUGAAGCAGAAGCGGAAGAAAAAGCUCUCACUAAGUCUCGUCUGUAUUUGGUGGUUUUCGGGAUUUUUAGUGCCCUGGUAGCUGGAACAGCUAUCUACAUGGGUGUAAAGACGACUGCGCAACAGGAAAGUAUCAGUCACCUUACAGCCGAAACACAGAACCUGAUGGAGAGAAGAAUGACUUUGAAUGAAGACAUCAAGUAUCUGCUAGGAGAGAAAGACAAAAGGUGUGAGUUAUGUCCACUUGAGUGGAUUCUCUACAAGGGCAAAUGCUACCUGUUUUAUGACAAACCACCUCGUUGGAAGACCUGGGAAGAAAGUCAAAGGUUCUGUCAGAUUAGACGAUCACAUUUGGUUGUAAUUGAUGAUCUGCAGGAGCAGGAAUUUGUCAACACAAACAUCAAGUACUACUAUGAUAAAUACCACGGAUACUGGAUGGGAUUACAAGAAGUUAACAACACCUGGACCUGGCUUGAUGGACGUAUAGACACUCUUGGGUUCUGGGCGAAGAAUUGGAACUCUACUCCUGGACCGCAUGUACUGGUGCUCCCAGAACGAAAUGCCAAAGACUGCUGGUCAAAAGAAGAGAAUGUGUUUGAGAACAAAUUAAUUUGUGAGCGUGACACUCGCAAAUUUUAAUUUAACUGACUGUUCUUUUAAAGUUCCAUGCAGAAAUGUUCAAUUGUGUCAUGAAUGUGUAUAUACAAUGCAUUUCAUCAUGACUUUAAUCAUCUG